AUGUCGACACAUGCAUCGCCCAUCCAGAACGCAGCCAGGGCACAACCGACCUUGUACCUGGCAGGCGACAGUACCAUGGCACUCAAAGGCGCCAACAACGGCAAGACAGAUGGCUGGGGCAAUUACGUCGCCGACUAUGUCACCCUACCAGUAGUGAAUAAGGCCAUCGGAGGCAGAUCAGCUCGCAGCUACACGGCGGAAGGCCACUUUACCGAGAUCCUGGAUGUCGUAAAGUCGGGCGAUAUCGUCGUGAUCGAGUUCGGUCACAACGACGGUGGUUCACCGACGUCCACUUCGGACAAUGGUCGCAGCGAUUGUCCUGGUUCUGGCGCUACGACCUAUGGCUCGACAGUUCACACUUUCGAUUACUACAUCACGACGGCUGCAAAGAGCUACACAGCGAAGAACGCCUCCGUCAUCGUUAGCAGCCAGACUCCGAACAACCUCUGGGAAGGCGGUGUAUACAGCGCAACUGCACCUCGCUUUCUGGAUUUAGCGAAGACAGCAGCUGCCAAUGCCGGGAAAGGCGCAUACUUUGUAGACCAUUUCUCAGCGGUCGCUGCCAUGUACAAGGAACUCGGCAAUCAGGCCACCAACGCACUGUAUCCAGCUGAUCAUACGCAUACAAGUCCUGCUGGAGCAAACUUAUCGGCGAACGCUUUUGCUGAGGCGGUGCAGAAAGCUAGCAACCCGCUUACGCCAUUCAUCAAGGCCAAGAUACCGACGGUCUACUGA